AAACUAUUUGUUUCACUUUCACCAGAUAAGUUAUUAGCCAAAAAGCUUUACUAGUAUCUCAUCCGUGUACUAUGUAUUGUAUUCUAUGAAACAUUACACAAAAGUAGAGAUCCCAGUACCUUACUUGUUGAGACGACGGAUAUAGAAGCUACAGUGCACACAACUCGUCUCCUACUCUUCCAAAUCAAUGUCUCUUUCCGGCGAAGAAUCCGAGGACCACCGUAAUCCUUCACUAGAAAUCGACGACGACGAUGACGAUGAUGAAGAAGAAUAUUACGAUGACGACGAAGAAGACGACGAUGAUGACGAAACACUCCUCGAUGAAUCAGAAACACAGUUCAACACAUCCAAAGCGGAGACUCUGUUCCGCCAAAUCUACUCCUCAAAUGCUCCGUUACGAGUUAACAAAAUUGUGAUCAACGGCAAUUGUAAAACUAAGGACUCUGUGAUUAAAUCGGAAUUUAGAGCCCUAGAAACUGCCACUUCACUCCAGGAGCUGUUUCAGGCCGCUAGUGUUGCCAAAGAUCGGAUGAGGCAGUUAGAAUUGUUUGAUUCGGUUAAUAUUACUUUCGAUUCGGGUCCAUCGGAAUUGAGUGGGACUACUAAUGUCAUUGUGGAUGUUGUUGAGGACCGGAAACGCCUCAAUUGUGAUUUUCGUGUUUUCUCUCUGCCUGAGGCUAAGUCAUGGCCACUUGAAGGAUCACUGAAGCUGAAAAACUUGUUGGGGUAUGGGGAUCUUUGGGAUGGUUCCCUUGCAUAUGGUUGUGACCAAAUGCCAGAGGUUUCUGCUGGUGUAUCUCUACCCCAAUUUACCGGGUUAUUUGGUCCUUUAAAGGCUAGAGUAUCGCUGCUUUCCCAAGAUCGCCUGGAGUUCGCUUCUUUUAAGGAGCAGUCAUUGGGCUUAUCUCUUGGCCUUUUAUCUAAUAAUAAUCACGAUGUUGCAUGCAAUUUCUCUUUGCAUACUUCAAUAGAUCCUUCAGAAAUGUCAUCUACAUCAAUAAGAGGGCAGCUUAAGCAUGGUUUAAACUCUGAUUUGAGGUACACAUUCAAAAUUGACAAGAGAAAUUCACCUUUACGGCCAACACGAGGAUUUGCUUUUGUAUCCGCUUCUCAAUUUGGUGGCCUUGUUCCUGAUUUUAGGAGUUCACGAUUUUUUCGCCAGGAGUUUGAUCUUCGAUGUGCUGUUCCUCUGGGUUUUUUCAAUGCUGCACUAAACUUUGGGAUUGCUAGCGGUGUACUUUUUUCGCAGGGAACUGGAUUCCUCAAUUUACCUUCUUAUUUGCCUGACAGAUACUUCUUAGGUGGCAAUUCUUCCCCAGUUUGCACGGUGGGAGGCCCAACAUCAUUGUUGGCUUUCAAGUCGAGGGGGUUUGUCCCUACAGAGCCAAAUACAGAAGCUAGGGCUAAUGAUGGAACUACUGAAAAUUCUUCCGGAAAAGAUUAUCUUGGAGGUGACCUGGCUGUUACCGCCUUUGCCGAUCUUUCUUUUGAUCUACCACUGCGAUUUAUUAGGGAGAAAGGUAUAUAUGGGCAUGCAUUUGCUCGAGCUGGGAGCCUUAAUAAAAUGACAGAGCAAUCAUUUCAAGAUAUGACUUCUAAGAAAUUCCUCGACUCAUUCCGAAGCUCUGUAGGAAUAGGGAUAAUUGUACCGACCAGACUAUUUCGCAUGGAGGUUAACUAUUGCCAAAUACUGAAAAAGCACGAAAAUGAUCAAGGAAAGACGGGCCUGCAGUUCAGCUUCUCUUCACCACUAUAACCUUUCAUUUAUUAUGUUUAAACCUGAGUUGGCACUCAAGUAGGAUAAUUUUUGUACUGAUCUUGUAUGUAUGGCAGCUCUGAUGUUUUCUGAUCUGGAAUGUACUCUGAAUACAUGAAUACAGGGUAAUAAGAUGUUAAGACAUUGAAAUGUGCAAA